AAAGUGUGUCAGGUUGUCAUUCAGAUUGUAGGUGUUAUAAACUAUAGUGCGUCAGACUUCUUGUGAACGAUGCGUGUCAGUGAGUGAAAAUCCCCGAGUUGAAUGAAAGGAUUUUAUUAUUAAGUUGUGUUUGGUCCUUGUGCUUGUGUAGGUUGUGUAGUGUAAUAAUAAUAGGCCUUUGAAUCUAUAUCAGAUGAUUUAAGCAGCAUCCUUGCGACACUUACGUUCGUGGGUAUAGCCCAAUUCGAGAGACGAUCACUCGUCCACACACACGGCAGGACGUGUAUCCCCGAGUUGACAGAAAGGAUUUUAUUAUUAAGUUGUGUUUGAUCUAAGUGCGUGUGUAGUGUAUUUUAGUAUAAUUUUCAUAUAGAUAUUGUGCUGUGUUUCUUGGAAUUUAAGAAAACAAAUAUGCUGUCCCAGAAAAACAGACCCUAUUCACGCACUAUGCACAAACAUCAGCCAAAGAGAAACAGAAUAUCUUUCAAAUACCUCCAACUUAACACUACUAUCACCAUAUAUCUCAUAGCAGCACUUAUACUAAGUGUUAAAGCAACUGAUGAUAUGAGAUAUCGACCACACCGACCUCCAUGGAAAGGCCCUCCACAGUUUAUUUCACCACCACCACCACAUGAUCCUGUAAAAGGUGGGGACGGGUCGGAUAAUACUGUCCAUAUAGUAGAUAUGACUACAAUAACUCCUGAAAUGGACGGAGAUGAUGGUUUCAUACAUGAUACGACGCGUGAUAAGGAAGAUGUAGCAGUCGACCCUGCGGAUAGCUGCACUGAUUGUGAUGAUGUCAAUGAUGACGUGAUAAAUGAUACAAACGGUACAAACGAGUCUGGAAGUAUUAAUGAGGACUACGUGAAUGAUUCAGCGGUAAAACUACCAGAAACACCUAAAACGCCAGAAGAGGAAUUGCAUGAAAUGAUCGAGGGCCUAGACGAAUUACUGAGCAACGAUUCCGCCGUUGUGACCAUCAACGAUGUGUCCAAUGCGUUUGAUCAGAUGGAUGCCCUUCUAUCAACAGACGACUCAUCUCUAGAAUUCCCCAACGCCGUGCUGACAGCUCUGGACACCCUCGGAACUCGUGCCGACCUAAACGGGUCUGACGCCGUGAAGACGGCGCGGCGUAACGUGGCCGUGAUUAUGGCGGAUUCGUUACCUGGGUGGCCUGUUCGAGGGCUUAGGAUACCAGUCGACGGGUUCACUGACGAAGGGAUUCAACUAAUACAGGGUGCAGAUGAACUGGAUCUAACCACUCUAACCGGUGAAGACACCGAAGCAGCAAUAAACUUGCCAGCGUCUUUAGCAGACUCCUCCCGUCGCGUCAGCUUCGUCGUAUUUCGGUCAGAUCGGGCGUUCAUUCGGCACGACCGAGAGCAGUAUGUCGUCAACAGUAAGAUCAUUAGUGUCAAUGUGGAGAACUUCACGCAGAUGGCCGAUGGAGAAGUCAUUGACAUCUACUUGAAACCAUCAGUAUACAAACCGGCCCGAAAUAUGUCCCGCUCCUGUGCCUACUGGCAAUUCGCUGAAAACGACACUGGCUACUGGUCACAAGAGGGCUGCACCUUCAUCAAGUCUCCAACCGGCUUCCUGGACACUUGCCGCUGCACACAUCUCACUCACUUCGCGGAAGUACUCGUCCCUAAACAUGUGUUCUCAGAAGAAAAUGAAUCUGCCUUAGAAGUAAUUUCCUUAGUAGGUUGCUUCUUGUCACUGUUUGGACUGCUAAUGAUUGUUCUCACUGCCAUCAUGUUUAGAUCCUGGAGAAUCGAUUUUAAUAACAAGAUUUGGAUACAAUUAACUCUAGCCCUCUUGAUAAACGUUAUCAGUUUUCUUAUUAUUGUCUUCUCUAAAUUUGAAGAUUAUAACUCGUUUUGUAUGACGGUGGGAAUUAUUUUACAUUAUGCUGUUUUAGCUUCGUUUUGUUGGAUGUUAGUAGCAGCUGUUAUUUCGUAUAGAAAAUUGGUUUUAAUAUUCGCAACGGACCCUAGACGAAGAUUGUUGAAAGCUUCAGCUUUCUCUUGGUCGUUUCCGUUAAUUAUAGUUGGUAUACUUGUGAUAGUGGCGCCACAGUCUUAUACAAAAAGAUUUGAAGAGCAUACACCUACAGGAGCCUUUUGUUACCCUACAGGCGUAGGCCUGUGGGUGACUGUCUACGCUCCAAUUACUAUAGUAGUGAUAUCCAAUUGGGUUCUUUUCGCUUUGAUACUUCGGUCUGUAUUUGGAACAAAAAAGAUACAAAAACAUGGCGAUUCAGGUGAAAUGCUACGACGCGCAUCUGUAAGUUGCUUACUAGUAUUUCUAUUUGGAUUGCCUUGGAUUUUCGGUUUGUUUGCCUACAAUAUUGUUGCCGCAUACCUUUUCACACUAACAACAAGUUAUCAAGGUUUUGUAUUGUUUAUAUUUUUCAUAAUAAUUAAUACGAAAACUAGAGGUAUGUGGCUCGAUAAACUACGAAUAAAAAAGAAGUCUAAAACGCAAGUUAGCUCGUCGUUGAUAACUAGUAAAAAUGCCCGCAUUAGUAACGAACCUGAACAAACUCCAUUUAUUGAAUCCAACUCAUCACGGACUAAUGUUACUUCUUUAGUGAGUGAUUCAAGUGAUGGUAAAGCAGUGGCUUAUAAUGUGGCAUCUAGUUCGGCAGCUAUUGGAAAUUCGCAUUAUAUUAGUAAAGAUAGCAUAGAUUCUUAUAUUACUGCUAAAUCACACGAUAAUUUCAGUGAAGAUGAGAUAUUUAAGAGCGUAGAAGGCAUAUUUGAUAUAAUAGAAGAUGAUGAACAAAAAAAUACAAAACACAAAUCAAUGCCGGGUACUCCUUCAAGAAAUUCUUUGCAUUCCUAUAAAUCUUUACUAAAAGAGGAAGUGCAAAGAAAUAAUGAAGAAACCAGUAAUAAAGAUGGUAUAAGCGAUAAUUCUAGUCAGAAAGUAGGGUAUGACGAGGAUUUUAUCAAUCCAGAGAUAACUGUAUACAACGUAGCAACACAAAACGCAUCGUUGAUAAGCUGAUUAUUUUGUAAACCUU